AUGGAAGAGGAACUUAUCUUGUUGGGGCAUGGAGCGAUCAUGGUCAGCCAAAUGGCCGAAAUGCCUGAACUCACCAGCGCUCAGGAGGAACAGGCAUCCAUGAAAUUAACUGGAAAUAUUUCAAAGCAAACUAUCCAAAGAUUGUUGUGUUCUUAUGGUGCCUCACUCAACGAUGAACGAAUUCGGGAUAUUUUUGACGCGGAAGAUGACCUCCUCUCAAAGGACGUUGAUGGACUGCUAAGACCUCUGUUUGACCAUUGGAAUAAAUUUCAGUUACUCAACUUGCAUGGACUUGGACUUCCUGUGCAAUGGAGAGGUAUACGUGCGGCUGCAGAUUACCUUCGCGUACUAGAUGCAGACAAGACGACACAUUGUUUGGGCUCCAUCGCGCAGCGUAUAGGACAGGUAUUGCUCUAUUUUAAUUACGAGGAGCUUUGCAAACGACCAGAGAAAUACUGUUCUCGUUCCUCGUCCAAGCCCAAGGUCACUGACGUUCUGAAUUCCAUCCUCGAUGCCUACCCGGACGACCCCCACGCAUCGGAAAAACGGCAGUCUCGCCGUAAUCGGGUCACCGGUUAUCAUGUACGCCGCGGUAAAUGGUGGUGGCGGCUUGCAGGAAAUUUGGGACUCGGAAUUCUCUUGGCAGGCGACCCUAUGAGGGUCAUGUGCAAAAGUACAUUUACCAAUCCUCAAAUCGACGUUUUCAUUACCUUCGUCCAGAAAACUCGUCCAGGCACUAUUCGCGCCUUCAAGGCCUUAGAGCCCGUGGUUACAUCUCUCAUGUUUGGGCAAAUCACAUCUGAUCUCCACAAGACCAUUUUCGACUGGGAGGCUGGUCUUCUCAGACCCGAAGAAAUGGCACGUGUUCGUGCUGAUGACAAGGUGGCCUCGGCUUCCCAGCGCUCCGACAAUCCCUGGAAAACAGUGGAUGCUAAGAAAGAUGCAAUGCAAAAGAUGACAGAGCUUCUCGGCUAA